AGCACUUUACUUCCUGACGUCUCUGAGUGGGACUUCGGGUCAACAGUACCACUGUGUGGAUGAUUUCUCCCGUGUAGGAAUCAAACAUAGACCCGCUCCUGCCACACACCACGGACUAUGUUCUCCUGCUAACCCGGGCCUUCCGUUGUGGAAGACCCGAUGUCGCUGUCGCUCCGCGGUGCCUUCUGAAUCGCUGACGGCCCGACGACCAUCGUGGCCCGGCGUGUAGCCGUCAUGUUCCCCGUCCGGACCAGCCUAUUUCUCCUCCCGCUGCUGCUGCUCCUGUUGUCCGCGGUCAACGUGCACUCUUCCCAGGGCGACAAGGAGCCGGUGUACCGGGACUGUGUCAAGCAAUGCGUCCGUACCAACUGCACCGGAGCUCGGCUGCGGGGCUUCGAGUCAAGGCAGCCGCCGUACAUGGCGCUGACAGGAUGGAGGUGUGGUGAUGACUGUCGGUACCAGUGCAUGUGGACGACCGUGGGUCUUUACCAGGCCGAGGGGUACCGGAUCCCCCAGUUCCACGGAAAGUGGCCCUUUGCUCGCUUCCUGUGUUUCGAGGAGCCUGUCUCUGCGCUAGCGUCUCUGCUGAACGGCGUGGCCUGUCUCCUCAUGAUGCUACGCUACCGCGGCACUGUGCCUCGCCAGAGCCCCAUGUACCCCACCAUCACAGCCUUCUCUCUGGUGUCUCUGAACGCCUGGUUUUGGUCGACUGUCUUCCACACCAGAGACACCUACCUCACUGAGAAAAUGGAUUAUUUCUGUGCAUCUGCCGUCAUUCUGUACUCCAUAUACCUGUGCUGCGUCAGGACUCUGGGUUUGAAGCGUCCGGUCGUCUCCAGCCUGGUGGGCGCGCUGCUCAUUCUCGUCUUCACCGCCCACGUCUCCUACCUGACCUUCGUCAGCUUCGACUACGGAUACAACAUGGCCGCAAACGCAACCAUCGGCAUAGUGAACCUGCUGUGGUGGCUGUGCUGGUGCUGGCAGAACCGGCGAACCCUACCCUACUGGUGGAAGUGUGGUGUGGUGGUACUGUUGCUCCAUGGCCUGGCACUCCUGGAGCUGCUGGACUUCCCCCCGCUGCUCUGGGCUCUGGAUGCCCACGCCGUCUGGCACCUCAGCACCGUGCCCGUUCACUUCCUGUUCUACAGUUUCCUGAUAGACGACAGCCUGCACCUCCUCAACACAGAGAAGAUCGGAGUCAAGCUGGAGUAGGAGGGGCCUCUCACCUCUUGAACAUGCCCUCUCCCCUCAACCCCUCCAAUCAGGGCAUCCAGACGCCAGAACCAGGAGGAAGUGCCACUCCAUGACAACCCCGAUCCCUCCCCCCUCGAGGAAGGCUCUGUUUACACUUUUCUUGUGUGUGUGUGUGUUUUUAAUUUUUCUAUAUAUUCAGUUUGGUUUUGGAGGCCUUGAAUCUGAACUGAAGGGGAGGCUAUCAACCGGCUGUCUCAGACCCCUCGUAAAUUGACGAAAGAACUGUUAAGCUCACAUAUCACAUUUCAGCCUCACCUGCCACCUUAUAAAGCUUUAAAAUAGACUCCCACUGUUAGCUCUUUGUUCAACAUAAUCACAGGCCAUGGCUUUAUCUUCCAACCUUAGCACUGUUGCAAGCGCAGUUGCUAGCAUUAUCUGGCCGGCAGUUCAGUUAGGUUGAGGACAGGGCGGCCAUAGACUAAGGAGGGAUACAGGGGAGUGGGUGAGGGCGGGGAGGGGAAGGAGGGCUGGUUGGAGGAAGUUAGAGGCUUUUCUUACACCUUAUUAUUCCAAUAUUUUCAUAUCACAAUUUAUUUGAUAUGUUUUGCCUUUAUUUAGUUCUGGUGCUUUUCUUUCUGCUUUGAACAUGAAUCUUUAUGCCUUUUUUUUAUCAUACACGUUUAUCAUUUAUGUUGAUUCAGUUCUGAUGUUCUUUUGAAUUCACCUGGGCUGCCUUCAGUGAAAGAAGAAAAAGGGAUGUAGCUUAGCCUGGCGUGGGUUGAUUGGCUGAACCGUGAUUGUCCCGCCCACCCUACAGGAAGUGUAUGGAUGUACUUCCUGUUGUCUAGUUAGCUGUAAUCAGGAGUCAUAUAUGACCGCAGCCCUGAAGAUGGCUCACCUGUGUGUGUGUGUGUGUGUGUGUGUGUGUGUGUGUGUGUGUGUGUGUGUGUGUGUGUGUGUGUGUGUGUGUGUGUGUGUGUGUGUGUGUGUGUGUGUGUGUGUGUGUGUGUGUGUGUGUGUGUGUGUGUUGUGCUCGUCACUCUAAACCGCUACAUCUGUGAUAUUCCAUUAUAUCAUGCACUUUACACACACCUGUACCAGUACGCAACCAUACCAGUACGCACCAGGUGUACCAGAGUAGAACGCAUGUCUGUGCUGCCCGUGCCUUUCCUUUUUGAAAGAAGUCGUUUUUGUGUGUGUGUGUGUGUGACAGAGAGAGAUUUAUUGGCUGAGGACAUUUUCGCCUAGCUGAGAGUUGAAAGGGGAGGGAAGCCAGUAUUUACGGAAGUGUUGAGGUGGUUCUCAUGGUGACAGACGACCAUAGCAUCAGAUGGAGCAGAUGAUGGAAUUGACUAUGUCCUGUGAUGGUUUGCUGAUCAGGUAACAGUCCUGACAUUUUCCUCCAAGACUGUUGGAGGAAGAUACUGGUGGUGGUGAUGAUGAGGAUGAUGAGGAUGAUGAGGAUGAGGAUGAUGAUGAUGGAAGGAGUGAACAUAUGGCCAACGACUCCUGUACCUCUAUCAUAAACGUAGCCACCUUCUGAGGUGUGAUGAAGACCUCACUUCCUUUCUCCUUUUUCCUACAUCGUUAUGUUGUCACUGCCUGCGGCCCCCACCUCCUCUUCACUCUUCACUCUUCCCUCCCUCCCUCCCUCUUCCCCUCGCACAUGAAAACUUUGAAAAAAAUGUUUGAAGAAAUGGGACAAAUAAAGGGUUCUU